AUGGGUCGACGUUCAAUAAAUACCACCAAGAGUGGUAAAUACAUGAAUCCCACGGAUCAAGCUCGCAAGGAAGCCCGUAAGAAGGAACUGAAGAAGAAUAAACGACAACGACAAAUGGUCAGGGCAGCAGUGCUCAAAAUGAAAGAUCCGACACAGAUUCUUGAUGAGCUACAAAAAAUCGAUGAAAUGGAAUAUAAUGUACUACAACCCUCGCCGCUGAAUGAAAAAGUGUUGAAAGAGAAGAGAAAAAAGUUAAAAGAAACAUUUGAUAGGGUGUUAAAGAUGUAUUACAAGGAUGAUCCAGAAAAGUGGGUUGACUUAAAACGUCAAGAAGUAGAGUAUGAGAAAAGAAGAGCUCAUUUGAUAUCUUAUUAUGAAUCUGUAAAACAUGCACAAUCAGUGCAAGUUGAUGAUAUUCCUUUGCCAACACUACAGGUUCCUGAUAACUUGAUUUAUGGAAACUUGCCAUUACAAAUACCACUUCCAGCUGAUACAUUACACCCAAGUGUACCUAUGAAACCAAUUCUAAAGAAGGAUUCUGCAUAUAAAGAAAGACCAGCAGGAGUAGAGCCCCCAGGUGUUCCCCCAGGUCCACCACCCGAUUAUGGUUUAUUACUAGCUGAGGCUGUCAAGUUAAGCAUAUCUGAGAAGAAGACCAUACGUUUCUCUGAUGUAGCUGAUGACGGACCACCGGGAAUUAAUUUAAUACAAAAACGACAGACGGAAGAUGUCGACGGUGAAGCAAUGGAUGAGGAUAGUCCACCCAGCCCAAUCCCUCCAGGUGCCCAAAACGCUACUGGUAUCGCUGAUGCCCCUGGGGUCCCUGGAGCCCCCGGCGCUGCGGCUGCUCCAAAGCCCACAUCACUACAGCAACGAAUGUUGGCUCUCUCUGGGCAGAAUAUAGACGACUUUAUGAAAGAGAUGGAAGAGGUUCACCGAAAGAGAGAGAGGGACAGAGCUGCGGAUUUGAAUGCACGUUUGAGUGCACUUAAGCGGACUAAAGGUGGUCGCGAUAGUGACUCUGACAGUGAGCCCGAGAACUCAGUCGACGUGGAGCCACCAGGGGUAGAAGUACGGCCCAUGAUUCCUCCACCGUUAAUGCCAGGUCUACGUCCACCAAUGCUUCGAGUGCCCCCCGGUGCACCUCCUGGUGUCCCACCUGGGGUGCCUCCAGCGCCCCCCGGUCUGCCACUUGUGAUGCCCCCUGGACCCCCACCCGGUCUACCCGGUCGGCCGUUACGUCCCCCUGGGCCUCCCCCCCGGUGCGCCUCCGCGACUCAUGAGACCAAGAAGGAUGCGCCACAAAGUGCAACAAUAAGUGCGAAGCCCCAAAUCCGGAAUUUAUCAGCGGACGUCACGCGAUUUGUGCCUUCAGCGUUGCGUGUCAAACGUGAAGAUAAAAGGACGAAGACCGAGCUUAAGGCGACAAUACAUAGGACUGAAAUGCCAAAACAAGUGCCAACCAAAGAUGACGCUUAUAUGCAGUUCAUGAAGGAAAUGGAAGGACUAUUAUAG